UUGAAAAGAGUUACAAGUCAAGGGAGGAGGCCGACAGUUGAUAAUUAUUUGUUAACUAAACUUUUUUUUUUUUUUAAAUUGAUAUCUAUCCCUCUCUUACUUUAGAUGGAUUGACGGUUUAAGCUUCAGUAAUGUCUGAGGAGGCGAGAAACGCCGCUACAGAAAACAGCGUAGAAAUAGUUAUCACACUGACCAGCCAAGAUCCUCCCAAUAAUAAUGACCUCAACGUCAUCCAGCAUACAGAAAGAGAGCCAGAGACUGUCUGCGAUGAGAUCAGACCCAACCACAGGCGGGGUUUUAAAGAGUUAUUUCAGACAGCAGCAGAAGAAGAAGAUGAUGAUGAUGACAGCGGCACCCAUUAUCUGAAUGCUGAUGAGAGACCAUGUACUCAACUACAGCGAGCAGAGAGGCCAGGUGGACAUGGAAAACUGCUGGACACCUUCCAGACAGACAAUCUUCUCUACUAUGAGAGAUUGAAAGCAUAUCAAGAUUACAUGCUUGGUGACUGUAAAACGUCUGAAGUAGAAGCCUUCACGGCUGAGUACCUGGAGAAGAUCGUGGAGCCGUGUGAUUGGCAAGCCAUAUGGCACACAGAUGUGUUUGAUGUGCUGGUGGAAGUUGCUGAUGUGGAUUGUAAGGAGCUGAAGGCAAAGAUGGAGCUGGUGCUGCCGAUGGAGUGUGAGACCAGAGGCUGCGAUCUGACUGAAGAGGCCAUGAAGCUCCUGCUGGAGGCUACUUUUCAUAAAGUGCCUCUUCUGGAGCUAUCGGUUGUUUAUGAUGAAUCCGGGGACUUUGAUCAGACUGCUUUGGCCCUGGAACACCUCAGGUUUUUCUACGAGCACAUCUGGAGGAAGUGGGAUGAGGAAGAUGAGGACGAUGACUUUGAUUACUUUGUUCGGUGUGUGGAGCCUCGUCUUAGGCUGUACUAUGAUAUCUUGGAGGAUCGUGUUCCAGCUGGUCUUGUAGCCGAGUAUCACUCGACACUGGCACUCUGCUCUGAGAGGUUUCAGGAGUUUUCCAACCUGAGAAGUGGCCUGGACAGUGACUCGGAGUCUGAGCAGGACAACAUAUCCAUGGUGGAAGGACUGCGUCUGUAUGAGCAGCUGGAAGCACUUAAACGCAAGCUGCGUAUUAUUGAAAACCCGCUGCUCAGGUACGUUCUGGGCUACAAGGUGAACACUGGUCAGCAGUCAUGCAGGGCAAAGGGGCCACGUCCCGCUGGCGGCCGAGUGGUUCACUUGGUAUCUGCCUUGUCCACAGUUCACCAGCUUCAAAGCUUGAUAACUGACAAACUGAUGCCCCACUAUUCAAGUGAAGAGUUUGAAGUGCAGUUUCACAGUGACCCAGUGCUUGCAGUCAGUGCGUGCUAUGAGGGGGAUGUGGUCAUCAUAUGCCCUGGCCUUUACAGCAUCACCAGCUCUAUCAGUAUUGUUGACUCCAUAGAGGUCGAAGGAUACGGUCUGCCGGACGAGGUGGUGAUCGAGAAGCGUAACAAGGGUGACGCAUUUGUGGAGUCAACAGGAGCAAACGUCAAACUCUCAAAUCGAAGAUUCAUACAGCGCGACGCCGUUGAAGGCAUCUUGUGUGUUCGCCAGGGGAAGCUGGAAAUGGAAAAUUGUGUGAUGCAGUCUAAGACCACAGGUGUGAUUGUGCGAUCGGCGGCCCAGCUCUGCAUGAACAUGUGUGACCUGUACGGCUCCAAGGGUGCCGGUGUGGAGAUCUACCCUGGGAGUGUAUGCAGUCUGGUGGGCAACGGCAUCCAUCACUGCAAGGAGGGGAUCCUGAUUAAGGAUUUUACAGACGAGUUGGACGCCAUGCCUGAAAUCACUAUGGUGAAUAACAUGAUCCACAACAAUCAGGGCUACGGGGUUAUCUUGGUCAAGCCAGGUGAAGCCACUGUGGAGGAUCUGCCCGCAGAGCCCAGUGCUGCAGAUGAGAAGGAAUCUGAGGACACAAGUGUACAAUCAGAGGCAGAUAUAGAUGAUGAUGAGGAUGGUGGUGAUGAUGAUGAUGAUGUGCCUGCCAUUGUCAUGGAGGAAGAGUGCCCAACCAUCAAACAUGAUCAUUCUGUCCCCCCAGACUUCACUGAGGGAAAUGAUGCCAUCAAGCAAGAGUUGGUUGCCACAUCAGCCAAGAAACAUGGGCUUCAGAGGAGCCGGAUGAAAGCACUAGGGGCCAUGCAGGCUGAUGAGAAUCUACUCUCACAGGAAAUGUUCAUUUCCAUUCAUGGAAAUCAAUUCAAGCACAAUGGAGAGGGAAGCUUUGGUACCUUCCUGUACUGAAGGUUUCUCUACGGCAAGCAUGCACAGACACACUUAUCUGUUUAAUUAUUUAUUCUGUAUUUCUUCAAUUUUGCUUCAAGUUUACUUUGUGAGCUUUCGUUAAUUACCGUACGAGUGAAAUGUCAAAAUGAAUUAAAUGUGCUAAAAUGUGUAGGCUUUUAAACAUUCUAUUUUUGCCCUGUGUCCUUUUGAAUUGAGUUUUUGUUUAUCAGGAAGUUUUCAAACACUGAAACACUUAUAAUAUAUAUAAUAACAGCAUAUAUUAUAUAUUAUAUUAUAUAGCAUAUAGUAACACAAAAGAGCAGCACCUUGGAAUUUUUUGGUUCAUGUCAUGUUUAAGAAAAAAGAGAGAGAGUUUACACAGUUCACAUUUUGUCCACAUUCUACUUAAAUGACUACUAUAGUCACUAAUAAGCACUAAAAAGCAUUUAGACACUAAAAAAAGCAUUUUCACUUAAUUUUCCGUUAAUUGUCUCUUCAUAUUCUGUAGAAAUAAAGAUGUU